AUGGCCGCGUCGACCCCGGAUUUCCGCCCGGCGGACGACUCGGCCGCCCCGGCUGCGAAAGAAUCCUCUUCCCUGAACUUCUUUACCACCAAGCUGGACUUUUUUGUCCAUGCACCCAGCCUGGACGAUCUCUGUGGUAUCUACAACCCAGUGGUAGCUCUGCUCGAGACGGGCAUCCAUAAUGGCCUCUGGUGGCUGGACGUGACCGCCGCCUCCGAUGAGGACAUCGAGACCCUCGCGCGGAGCUUCGGUCUCCACCCGCUGACCGUCGAGGACAUCACGCAGCGUGAGACACGCGAAAAGAUCGAGCUCUUCGACUCCUAUUACUUCCUCUCAUUGCGACCCCCCAGUUCCCGCAAGACCGACGACGGCGUGUGCAUCGUCUCCCACAACCUUUACGCUGUCGUCUUCCCGGAGGGGGUGCUCAGUUUCAACUUCGGGACCAGCUUGCACGCUGACCACGUCCGGAAUCGUAUCAAGGAACACCGGAGCCAUUUGGCGUUGACCAGCGAUUGGAUUUGCUAUGCUAUCAUUGACGCGAUUGUCGACGGCUUUGCCCCGUUCAUCGCUCGCGUGGAGACCGGUGUCGACCUGAUGGAAGAUCACAUUGCCGUGACCCGCCCGGACGAGAUUGGACUGGCUUUGCGGCAGAUCUACAAGUGGCGCAAGGAGGUGAUUCAGAUCCGACAGCUGCUGCAUGACAAGACGGAUGUGAUCCGGUGUUUUGCACGCCACUGUGAUGCGCUGGCGGCUACAUCGACCCAGGUGGCUCUGUAUCUCAGUGAUAUCCGCGACCACGUGCUGACCAUGAUGGCCAAUCUGGAGCAGGCGGAGCAGAUGCUCUCGCGGUCGCAGUCGAAGUAUCUGUCGCAGCUGCACUUCGACUCCGGGCGCAUGCGCAAUGAAAUCGCCACGGCGCUGAGUCGAUUGACCGUCGUGGCGGCGACGAUCGUGCCGAUGCAGUUUAUCACAGGGCUUUUUGGGAUGAACGUCAUGGUGCCUGGCAAGUCGCCUGGCGGCCUGGCGUGGUGGUAUGGGAUUCUUGGGGUUAUUUUGGGUUUGAUUGUGCUGUUUCUCCUUGUGGCUAAGAGAAUGAGGUUGUUUGAUCGAUAA